AUGUUUGUGCCUCUCGAAGUGAUUCUGUUUGCUACUGCAGCCUCUGCUGUUGGCAGGAGAGCACCUGAGUACGCAAACAAUACUUACGACUAUAUAGUUGUUGGUGGAGGUGCCGCUGGCGCUGCUGUCGCAACUCGACUGAGCCAGGCGCUGAAGAACAGCAGCAUCUUAUUGAUCGAAGCUGGGCCAGCUGCCCCAGAGGAGCUGAAGAUCAAUGUUCCCGGUAUGUUUGGGUCUACAAUCGGCGGGCCAUACGAUUGGAAUUUCACCACCACGCCCCAGUCAGGCCUUGCAGAUCGUCAGGUCAACCUCACGCGUGGGAAGGUUCUAGGAGGCAGCUCUGCCCUGAAUUAUAUGCUGUGGAACCGAGCCUCGGCGCCUGAGUAUGAUGUAUGGGAGACGCUCGGGAAUCCGGGCUGGAACUGGGACAGCAUGCUCGCCGGGAUGGCCAAGUCCGAGAACUUUACAGAAAUCGACAGCCAAGACUACGGUCACGUUGGGAGGGGCACGCAAGGGCCGAUACACAAUGUCGUUGCGCGGCAGAGGACCGAGCCAGUCCAGGCCUGGGUCCCGACUCUGGAGAGUCUGGGGCUUUCGCACAACCUCGAGUCUCUCGGCGGCAAACCCAUUGGGACCAUGCUUCAGCCUAGCAGUAUCAAUCCGGACAACAGGACACGGUCUUACAGCGCCAACUCAUAUCUGCCUCGAGUCGGAUCGAAUCUUGACCUUUUGCUCUCCACUCGUGUAGCAAAGAUCAACUUAGAGGCCCCCUACACAAGUCUGUCUGGGAGACGUGCCUCACAGGACGGUGUUGUAGCCACUGGCGUCACCUUGCAGGACGGGUCUGUCAUUGCAGCAAGGAAGGAGGUAAUCCUCUCAGCUGGAUCGCUUCAAAGCCCGGGAAUUCUGGAGCUCUCCGGUAUCGGACAGAAAGACGUGCUUGACGCAGUGGGUAUUGGGCAACUCGUUGACCUUCCCGGUGUUGGCGAGAACUUACAAGUUUCGUAUCAACUGAAACCUGGCUACAAGUCACUUGAUAUCUUCAAAUAUAACGCCACCUACGCAGCCGAGCAACUGACGCUUUGGGAGAACGGACAACCUUCUCGAUAUGACGACGGUCUUACCACCAUUGCAUUCCUGAACUGGAAGCAGCUAUUGGGAGAUGACACCGCACUAGUUGAUCUGGCCGUUCAAGAUUUCGGCAACUCUACGAACGUUAUCGACCAAGCAAAGCUUUCAUUUCUGUCGGAUUAUUCCGUGCCACAGAUAGAGCUAACACUGAAUGAAAAAACGAACACGGGGAGCUAUCCUCCGCCGGAUGAUCCUCUGUAUGGCUCUGAUUUCGUCAACAUUAACGGAAUCGCGAUGCGGCCUUUGACCCGGGGCAGUGUGCACAUUCAGUCGCCCAACAUCAGCCAGAGCCCAGUAAUAGAUCCCCGGUACUUGUCCAACGCCUAUGACCUGCAGAGUCUGGUUGAGGCAGCCAAGUUCGGGCGCAAGAUGGCCCAGACCGAGCCCCUGGCAAGUCUGCUUGUCGGCGAGUACGCGCCAGGGCUUUCGGCGGUUCGCACCGACGAGGAGUGGGCCGCGUACGCGCGGAAAGCGAUGCGCACCAUAUACCACUACUCUGUACUUGUGGCAUCGCACACGCAGACCGUGACUUAUGGGAUCGCGGAGAGAGCCGCUGAGAUUAUCAUUGAAGAUUAUCAAGGACUGUAG